GUCGGGACAGCUCGUCUGCUAGGUAGUCGCUCAGUCAGCUGUUAGCGUGUGUCGUGUGACGAUGUGUCCUUAGUUUCCUCGUGUUGGAUUUUUAGGAACUCGUCUUGAAAUGGAAUGCUCAAAAAUAGUCUUCUCGGCGGCAAGAGAUGGCAAUUUACGCCUUUUGAAGAGAUUUUUGGAUGAACGGCCAGGUAGUCAACGCCACUUGCUGGUGCGAGACCUGACCAACGGCACCACGCCCCUCAUCAUCGCUGCUAAAAAUGGUCACCUCGACUGCGUCGCGUACCUCGUAGACAAAUGCAAAGCCAACAUCGAACAAGUCGGAUCAAUUGUGUUUGACGGCGAAACAAUCGACGGUGCGCCAGCGUUAUGGGUAGCGGCAGCGGCAGGACACCUGCACAUCGUAGCGUUCCUGUUGGGCCGCAACGCCAACGUCAACGCCACCACCAAGAGCAACUCGACGCCACUUAGGGCUGCUUGUUACGACGGACAUCUUGAUAUUGUCAAGCAUCUUGUGGACAACAAUGCCGACAUUGAAAUAGCGAACAGACACGGCCACACGUGCCUCAUGAUCGCGUGCUACAAAGGGCACCUGGACAUCGCUCAGUACCUCGUCAGUCUCGGUGCUGACGUCAACAGGAAGAGCGUCAAAGGCAACACCGCCCUGCACGACUGUGCGGAGAGCGGCUCCCUCCAGAUCAUGAAGCUUCUCCUCGACAACAACGCUAAAAUUGAUGUUGAUUCCUAUGGCAUGACCCCGCUGCUGGCGGCAGCAGUCACGGGUCACGGGCACAUCGUCAAGUAUCUCAUCUCCCGAGCCGACCUCGUCCAGACUCGCCAGAAAAUAGACGCGCUCGAGCUCCUCGGCGCCACCUACGUCGACAAGAAGAGGGACUUGCACAAGGCAAAGAAACUCUGGCUGGAAGCCCUGGUUGAAAGAUGUCGCAGUGGCCAGGUGCUGCAGAAGUCAUCGCUGCCGUGCCACGCGGCCUACAACCACGCCGUGGAGGUGACGACAAGCGAGCAGCUCGAGGAGCUCAGCUCAGACCCCGACGCCAUGAGGAUGCAGGCGCUGCUGGUGCGGGAGCGCGUGCUCGGUCCCGCCCACCCCGACACGAGCUACUACAUCCGAUACCGCGGCGCCGUCUACGCCGACAGCGGCAACUUCUCCCGCUGCACCACGCUAUGGAUGUACGCCCUCGACAUGCAGCAGAAGAUACUUGAGGCUCUCAGUCCCAUGACGCAGAGCUCCUUCGUGUCCUUCACUGAACUCUUCGCUUUUAUGCUCAACGAUGGACCGCGGUCUAGGGCUGCGCUCAUCGAGAAUUUCGAAGACAUGCUCUUAGUUCUCGAAAAAGCCAUUGACGAAGUCGAGAAAGGUCUCCAAUAUUUUGCCCGUCCUUACAUCGUGUCACGGAAUGUUCAAAAGACCAGAAUUCAAUUGAAAUGCAACCCUAGUAAUAUUUUGAGCAACAGCAGCAGGAAUGUGGACAAUCUGCAGAGCAGUGCCGACGCCGCUAACACAAGUCCCAUCUUACCAGGUCACCGCUACAUGGCGAGCUCCGUAGACAAAGAUGGCACGCACCUCCGCCGCACUGUAAUGGUAACCCUGCAGAUCAUCUACCUCGCCACCAAACUCUACCCCAAUAUGACCAAGGAACAUCAUCAAAAACUACACGAAGUUGUUUAUAGAUUAGUAAAACUUGACCCUAGAACAUCGAAUAACUAUAGCCUCCUGCAUAUGGCCUGCUCAACAGAAACUAUGGCAACCGUCGGUCGUCAUCCAGUAGGUAUCUUCCCUAACCGUGAAGUUGUAGAAAUUUUGCUCAAAGUAGGUGCCGAUACUAUGUCUCUAGAUAAUAAUAUGAACACCCCACUUCAUGUACUCGCUCAAACCCGAUGUCCUCAGUCUAUAUUUAAGUUACUUCUUGCCUACGGAGCUCACUACGAUGUUGCAAACAAAGAUGGCGACACUUUCGAACACAUAAGGAAUCUUAACGAAAAGAACGUCAAGCACGACGAGGGCUUCAUCAAUCCAGUCCCACACGUGAGCCUCAAAUGUCUCGCAGCGCGGGCCAUAAAAAAGUACGAAGUAAGCUUGCCUUUCCCACUCCACUCUCGUAUCGAAAAGUUUAUUGAUAUGCAUUCAUCAUACUAAGUUUGUUUAUUUGGUUAUUAUUAGUCACUCAUUAGUGCGUCAAAUGAAUACGCCACCUCCGUGUCAGAUGUACCUAAUGUUUUUGGUGAUAUUAAUAUUACGAACACCGUAGUUUUAAGUUCAUCACACGGUCCUGAUUGAAAAUAUAACGCGCGCAAAAUGCGUUUUAAAAAUUGUUUAUGGUUCAAAAUCUUUUUACCUGUUUGCACGAUAUUGUUCAAUGACUGGCUAUGAUGCUCGAGGUGAUGAUUGUAUUGACUGAUAAGCCUGAAAUUUGGCUCAAUCUCAGCAUUAGAGAAGGUUUUCUUCCUCUGCUCUCUACUGUGUUUUUUCAUUUUGACCAUCAAUGCUCGGUGGAAUUUCCACGUGAUUAUUUUCAUAAAUCGCUUGUCAUCACUCAAGGAUACAAGUAUAAUUAAUUAAUGAAUAACGAACACGAGGACCACUAUAAAACACGGUCUCUUAUGUGCAGAUGAUCCGAAUUUUUCAAUACACGAGUCAUGGCUCGAAUUUUUCUCAUGCCUGCUGAUCAUUGAGUGAUAUUUGUGAGCCUUGUUAUUUGCUGUAAUCAAUACUAUUUGUGCACGUCUAUAUUUUUUCACUGCUAUGCUCUGGUCAGUCAUUUAUUUCGCUCAAACUAUGUUCCUUUUGAUUUUAUGUUUAGGUAAUUUCGCCCGAGCAUUUCACGUACUUAGUUUCUGGUUUUAAACGCACUUUUAAUUCUCUCUUUUUAUGCUCUGCCGACAAAUUUGUAUCUAACUGCUUUUUUAUAGCGUCACUGCAACGCUGAUCAAUCUCCUUAUUUUUAAUUUUGACUCAGGUGUAGGCGUUGUAUACGUCAGUGUGGCAGCUUCUUACUAGAUCGCCUGUCAUUACGGCGUUGCAACAAUUAGUUUAUCCAAUAUCCUCUAUUGCGUGUGGAUGAUUUGUGAGCAAUCCUUGUCUUAAAGCAAUGCUAGGACAGGAUUUAAUGCGUUGCCUCUGGCGAGCAUGUAAAAUUAAUACUCGGAAUUUCUUACUGCGUUUAUCACGCUGCUGUUCUUUGAUUAUACUUUGAAGUGCUCAGCAUCUACUUCCAGGCAAGUUUUGCAUUAUUUUAAUAAUGAAUACAUGGAUUAUUCAUGACUUUUUACAUGAACUUGAGUGUGUUUCUGUGUGUUUUAAAGCCACUACAAUUUUAGGACACGUCGGGACUGCACUCGCUUCUGAACAAUUACAGCCACUAAAUUGUCCAUCUUUAAUAAGGCUUGAUUUUCGUCGACGUAACCAGUCCAGAAGAAACUCAUGAUUGAGUGCCAGAUUGUCUUACUUUUUAUUUGUCCCUGAGUUGUGAAUUACUGGUUAAGAAAUUUAAUACAUUAAGCCGUCCAAUAAAGCGCCAAGUUACCUA